AUGCCCCUAGCACAGAAGAGAUGCUCAGUGCCUAUUAUUGGAGAUAAUGGACACACGCGUGCCAACGCCACACGGCGGACCCCACCGCAGCCGCCGGAGCGUGGUGCAACGACCCCCCGAGGCCGCCUUCGCGGGACCCACCCGCGGGGGCCUCUGGGAAGUGUAGUCCGUCACGGCCCGGGAGUUGCGGGGCCGAGGCUCCGCGUGCGCAGGCGCACUUCCGGCUCUGCCCCGCCGCUGCGGCCAUUGUCCGGCCCCGGUGCGGCUCAGGCCGCGGUGGGCCGUCCUUCCGCGCAUCAGCAUUGGAGGGGACUGAACCUGCAGCGGGCGCAGGAGGAGCUGGCGGGAGCCCCGGCGGGGCCGAGGCGGCACCUCCCACGGGUCUGGCUUGGAUCCGCCGGGCCGCGCCCACCCUCCGCGGGCGGCCCUGGGCGUGGCCAGACGACGGGGUCCGGGGCGCGGCGAGCCCUUCCCCGCGGCGGGCGGGACGGCAGGCCCACGCGCGGCCCGCGCAGCUCGCAGCCCUGGCCCGGAGAAGCGGCUGAGGGGAGGAGGCGGGCGGGCGCGGCGGGAGGCGCGGCGGGUGCAGCCGGCGAGCGGGCCCUGUCCUCUCUCCCCAGCCCCAGCCCCAGCCCCAGCCCGGGAGCCGGCCCCGGCGAGGCAGGAAUGGCCCCGAGGCCUCCGACGGCCGCGCCCCAGGAAUCAGUGACAUUCAAAGAUGUGGCUGUGGACUUCACCCAAGAAGAAUGGCACCAUGUGGAUGCUGCUCAGAGGCUCUUGUACAGGGAUGUGAUGCUGGAGAACUAUAGCCACCUGGUUUCUCUUGGAUAUCAAGUUUCCAAGCCAGAGGUGAUCUUCAAAUUGGAACAAGGAGAAGAGCCAUGGAUAUCAGAGGGAGAAAUCCAAAGACCUUGCUGUCCAGGUAAAUGAGGGGGGAGACAGGCAUGCAGGAAUCAAUGUAGACAUUACCACAGCUGAGGGAGAGGGGAGCACCUUCAUGUUGGUGCCUUGGGAGCUCCUAGACCUGCAGAAGAGACUGAGCCAUCUCCAGGUAACAUCUCUAUCUGCCUUCUCCAGCAGGGCAUUCCUGCUGCUGACCAGUCUUAGAGGAAACCCAGCUGGGUUUUCUCCUCUGGUGUCCUCUGGUGUUCAUGAUUAGAAAUCCCUUUUCUGGGAUCCCUGGGUGGCGCAGCGGUUUAGCGCCUGCCUUUGGCCCAGGGCGCGAUCCUGGAGACCCGGGAUCGAAUCCCACGUCGGGCUCCCGGUGCAUGGAGCCUGCUUCUCCCUCUGCCUAUGUCUCUGCCUCUCUCUCUCUCUCUCUCUCAAUGUGUAACUAUCAUAAAUAAAAUUAAAAAAAAUUAAAAAAAAAAAAAAAAGAAAUCCCUUUUCUUACUCAUUCAGACAUUAAUUGAACUCCAGGGUCUUCUUGUCUUGUCUUGCUGCUUUUUAUUGGCCCCAGACUUGUAGGAAGUACCAUGGCUUUGAUUCUCUGCCUUUUCAUAACUUUCCUUCAGACUUCUUUCCCUGACCCUACAACACCUGUCUGGGGAGGAGUUACAUCUUCCUUCCAUUCUGUUUUCAUGCCAGUUUGCUUCAUUGCCUCUCCGUGGUUCCUGGAGUUUCAUCCUUGCCUGGUUUCCUGGCUUACUAAGUACCUCUUGGCUUUAGGUCUCUGACUUUGCUGGGUUUCCCCCCUAAGCGAAUCUGCCUAAGGAGUCUGCUCUUCAGCUUCUUCCCCCUCUUUCUUUCGGUAUUACCACCUUAAAAGGGUACCUGCCCUCUGGUAGUUAUAGCUCUUUAUUCUAUGCUUUUGACUCAUAAAUCAUCCAUACUUGUACCCUGGUCACUUUCGUCUCUUCUCACAAAACCCCUCCUUGUGGAAGUCCCAUGCAAUUAAAUACCUAAAAUCCAAAUUAAUCAUUUUUCAUCCCCACCCAGCACAUUUUACUAUGUUACUCAUUACCCAUUUCUCCCCUACCCAUUAGAAACCACUGGAUCCCUAAUCCCUCGGGACAAACACCCCAGUCAGUUUAGACUUUUUCUUAUAAUUCAGAUUAUUUUCCUUCUACACUAGGCCCCAUGUGGAGAUUACUGUAGUUCUCAGUUGAAGUUGCUCACUCUGUCUUUUCUUUUGUAACCCACAUUGGAUUUUUAAAAUCAUACCUUUUUUUUGAGAUAUAAUUUACGUACCACAAAAUUCACCAUUUUAAAAUGUACAAUUUAGUAGUUUUUCAAAUAUUUACUGAGUUGUGCAACCAUCACCAAUAUCUAACUACAGAACAUUUCAACAUUCAAAAAGAAACCCCAUACCCAUUAGCAGUCGUUUUCCAUUCCCCACUACCCCUGCACCCAUUAAUCUUUUUAUCUCAGUGGAUUACCAUUUCUGGGUAUUUUAUGUAAAUAGAAUCAUAUAAAUAUAUAGCCUUUUGUGACCAGCUUCUUUCACUUAGCAUAUUAUUUUCAAGGUUCAUUAAUGUUGUAGCAUGCAGUAGUACCUCCUUAGUUUUAUUGCUGAAUAAUAUUCCAUUGUAUGGACAUACCACCCACAUUCUGUUUAUUAUUUACUCAUUGCUUGGUGGACCAUAUUGGGUCUUAAUGCUUUAUCUUCAUAAACCACCUACCUCUGACAAAACCUUGCUGUUACUCCUUGUACCUCAUGAUAGGAAACAGAAACUCCCCCUUGAUUUAAAAGUCCCCUAUCACACCUUCCAGUAUUCUCUUUCUUUUCCCACUAAAACAAGCUCCACUUGAGUAGAAAUUCUUUUUAAUGUUUUCUGUAAGUAGUGUAUACUUUCCCUAAUUAGAUAAUGCUUUCUACCUAUCCAAAGUUCUCUAUUCCUUAAGUUCAAGGUGUCUAUUCAAUCUCUGAAUAUAAUAUGUAUUAAUAUAUUUAUUUUUUCCUUCCUUGAUCACAAAUACACCGUUUAUAUCAUCUUUGCUACACAAACUGAGAUUUUAAAAUAUACCAUCUGAUGGUUUUCCUUUUUUAUCAAAAGAUUAAGUCUUGUUUCUAAGACUUCAGGCUCUUAGAGAAAGAGUCUGUUGUAUAUCUAUAUAUUCUAUGUGUUGUAGAGCACAUAGAAAUCAGUAAGGAAUUACCUGAUUGUUUUGGAAUGUGAUUGAGGAGAGAACUUUCUUACUCAUUCGUAUCAACAAGCAAUUCUUAAAUAUCCCUCUGGGAAGUAUCCUAAAAGAAAUACAAAGCAUUUUCUGUCAUUGGGAAAUUGGAAUGGAGUCUUGUUCCAGAAUAAGGAAUUUUGAGACAGACUUAGGGUCCCCUGGUUGUUGGUUUUUUUCCUCUCCUAAUAUUUUAUUAUGAAUAUUUUCAAAUGUAUGGAAAGUCGAAAAAAUUAUACUGUGAACACCAUAUACCUAUCACCAAGAUUCUGUAGUUGUCAAAAUUUUAUUGUACUUGCUUUAUCACAUAUUCUUCAUCUAUCCAUUUAUCAGUCUUUUUUAAAAAUCUGUCUUUUUGAUGCAUUUCCAACUAAGUUGCCAACACAAAUACAUUUCCCCCCUUCAUACUUCAGCUUACAUAUCAUUAACCAGAGUUCAAUAUUUAUGGUUUUUUUUAAAGAAAAAUAUACAUACAGUAAGAUACACAGUUCUUCUAAGUACCACCAAAUUGGUUUUGACAGAUGCAUUCACCCAUCUAAUCCAAAUUCAUUUCAGUAUGGAACAUCUCUAUUACCCCAGAUCCCUCCUUCCUCUUAUUUUUUAAGUUACCAUUUCUAGGACCUAGAAACUAAUUAAUUCUCUGCUAUUAGUAUUAUAAGGUUAAACAGGGGUUUAGAGAUCAAUUUACUAGGCUGAGUAAAAUCCUUUUUGGUUGAGAGAAGUGAUUAGUUUAGAACCAGAACUCAAAUAGGCUAAAACGACAGCCCUAAUUGUAAAGGCAAGGAUGAUUUGCCUCCUGAAAUACUACUUUAUGUCAGCUUGUGAAGUAUAGCCAUUGGUCUCCAAGUUUGUCAAAGAAUAAUUUCAGUUACAUCAGUGGCUAUGGAUUUUCUCUGUCAGAUUUGAAGAAUUUGGAGCCUCAAAAGGGACUUUAAAGAAAUUGUGAAAUGGCUGUAUUAGGAAAACGGAUGGUUUGUAAAAUGGACAGGAAGCAUGGGAAGCAGAUAGGAUCUUGCAAGACAGACCAUGAUUUUAUUUCAUUUGUAUCUGUGCCUAACCUUCUCAUGCUCAUUUAUGCCCUUACUUCCUAACCAGCCCUCCUAGGUGGGCUUCUUCAUUCUAGACUUGCCAUACACUCUGGCUCUGCAGUCUGUACUGUCAUUUCUUUUUACUCUUCCUUUCCUUCAUUUUGGGUCUUCUCUCCCAACUAUAGGACCAAUUUCAAAAACAAAUCAUGCACAGUUUAUAUCUCUUUCAUUUUCCCAUUCCUACUAUAGCAGUUAAUUUCAGUAGGAGGGAAUAGGGGACUUUUGCACUUUGGAUUUUUUUCAGACUGGAAGACCAGGCCUGAAGUCAAAUCAUCACAUCUGCAACAGAGCAUAGCUGAAGGAUCCCGUAGCACAGAUUCACAUGCCACAUUCGAAAACACUUGGGAUGUUACUAGCCAGUUAG